CCUGCGUUUAUGGUGUAUAUCCACAUGUAAAUUCUUUGAGAGUUGUUAUCAUUUAACAGCUUCUAAAACAUUGCAACCUGUGCAUUGCAUCUGUAGGGAUAAAGCUGGUUUACUUAAGAGCAUCACCUUGAGAGACUGUACCAUAUGUUAAUAGUAAAUGUACCCAUUUUAUAUUUAACUAGUGUCUUGUGAUGCAUCCAUAUUUGCUCUCUGCCUUUUAUCUUCUGUGCUCAUUUUCUCUGGCUUUUGUCUGCAGGAAUGCAGAAACAAAAAGGGUUAAUCUCAGUUUACAAGGGAGCAAUCUACUAGAAGCUGCGACUGAGAGUCGCAGUGGAGUUUGAGGAUUCACUGAGCUAGGUUUCCACGCUUGUGGUUCUUUGGAUUUGUUUUUUUUCUUGGGAAUGGUAGGUCUAGGAAGCAACUGCCGAGGGAUGAAGUCUCCACCACUCCUUAUGGCUGCACUCGUGGCAUGCAUCAUUGUUCUGGGUUUCAAUUACUGGAUUGCAAGUUCUCGCAACAUGGAUCUGCAGAAUCGAGUCAUGGAUCUGGAAGGCAAAGUCCGGAGGGCGGCAGCGGAGAGGGGUGCUGUGGAGCUCAAAAAGAAUGAAUUCCAGGGGGAACUAGAGAAGCAGCGACAGCAGAUUGACAAAAUCCAGUCCUUGCACAGCUUCCAGAUGGAAAAUGCCAACAGAGUACAUCAGGAAGAGAAGGCAAUACUGCUGAGUAACAUCACAGUAAAUGAUCGAUUGAUUCAGAAUCUGCGAGAACACUUGAAAGAGUUACAGGCAGAAUAUGGAAAGCUGCAGUUGGAUGUUUACUGGUUUCAGAAGAACCAGACUAACCUUCAGAGGAAGUUCUCAUAUGACCUGUCACAGUGCAUCAACCAGAUGAAAGAAUUAAAAGAACAAUGUGAAGAAAGGAUAGAUGAACUUACAAAAAAAGGCAGUGAUGUACCACAAAUCAAAGAAAACAAAGAAUUAUCAGAAGAUUCAAAAAAAUAUAGCCAGGUCAAUAUUCAGCUGCCAGCCUUGAAGCAAACCGAGGUCAAGCAUGCUGACUUGGAACAGCAGAAACCCAGUGAAGAUGUACCUAAAGUAGUACCUACACUAAGACAGACAGACUUGAUGCAGGCUAAAGAAAGAAUAGAUGGCCCAGCUGACAUCAGAAAACAGGAGCCUAAGGCAGAAGAGGAGCAGCUUUUUAGUCAAUUGAAAAAACCACAAGACUCCCUCAAAGCUGCUGCAAGUCACAAGGAGAUGCUACCUGAAUCAGAGAAGGAGCCAAAUCCAUCUGAAAAAGAAAAACAUGUAGCUGGGCAAGAUGCGUUACAGCCAGCACCAGAGCAGGCUGCCAGUGAGGAAAUUGAGAGGGAACAGCUCCUAAAUUACGAUGCUAAGCAGGAUGACUUGUCCCCAGGAAGGGCCGUUCAAAACCCUGAAGAUAUGAAGAACCACUUAUCUGACCAUGGUGAAGGACAGCAGAAGUUGUGAACAGACGAGGUUCAUGAUGCAGCUUAGUCACCUCUUCAUCUAAAUGCAGUAAUGAUGAGAGCAAAAGGAUCUGAGAAUGUUUUGAUUACCUUCUCAAGGCUUGAAUAAGGGCCCAAAGGAAGUAGUAUCUUCUUGUGAAGUUUUAGUACUGUUUUCAGUGGGAAAAAAGUAUUCUGAAAUCACUUUAGAGGUCAAAGCAGUUGACCUCUGCACUGACUCUCUCCUUCCUACCGAUUAUAAAAUUGAAAUCAACUAGCAAUAAAUGUAGUAACUUUGAA